UCAGCAGCUGUGUCCAGGCUGGGUUUCACUGACCAGCCGCUCAUCUCCUCACCUGCUGUGCCAAGGAUUGUUUCAUUAGUGACCAACUUGGUGACCUCUACCCCAGAGGCUACAAUUGGAACCACAAGAAACCUUUCGACCUACAGAGAUGAAAGAGUAACCGAGGCAGGUCAAACCCAUCAGGCGACGCUGCUAAGCUCUGCAGAGAGCAACUCCGUCUUACAGGUUUUUAUAGUGGUAGCUCAAGCGCUCGUGCUUCUCUCCAUCUUUCUCCUCUCCAGCCUCGGCAACUCUGCAGUUGUCAUCGUCAUCAUUAAACAUAGACAGCUUAGGACAGUGACCAAUGCUUUUAUCAUGUCACUGUCGCUCUCUGAUUUCCUCACUGCCGUCCUCUGCCUGCCUUUUUCCUUUGUGAUGCUCUUCAGCAAGGAUGGCGUCUGGAUGUUCAGUGACCACUUCUGCGUGGCCAAUGGCUUUUUCAAUACGUGCUCUGGUAUAAUUUCUACUUUGACUAUGACCCUAAUCUCCUUUGACAGAUACAAUGCCAUAGUUCGACAACCACAGGCUAAAAUAGGACGCCAGAAAGCGAUCCAGUUGCUGAUAGCAGUCUGGUUGACUGCUGUGAUUUUCUCUUUACCUUGGUAUCUGUUAGUUCGGACACCGUCGGAAAUACAUAAGCAAGGAUUCUACCAUUGUAUGUAUGUGUUCCACUCUGGAACGUCACGCAUGGGGACAACUUACAGUAUCUGCCUCAUUGUUGUUUUUUACUUACUGCCAUUCUCACUCAUGUGCUUCUGCCAUUAUAACAUCUGUAAGACAGUGCGGUUGUCAGAAAUCCGAGUCAGGCCAGUGACCACUUAUGCAUACUUACUGAGAUUUUACAGUGAAAUGCGAACAGCCACAACUGUCCUCAUUAUGAUUGUUUUCAUCAUAUUUUGCUGGGGUCCAUAUUGUUUAAUGGGGUUGGUUACAGCAAUGGGAGACUACAAAUUUAAUCCGGCAAUGGAUACUCUGGCCAUCUGGCUAGCAUGGGCAAACGGAGCCAUCAAUCCACUGAUCUACGCGCUGAGAAACCCCAACAUAUCUAUGUUAAUGGGUCGGAGCAGGGAAGAAGGCUAUCGCACGAGAAAUAUUGCUGGGUACCUCUCAAGUCAAAACCACCGCCGUGGAAUACAGCUCAAUCAAGUGGAGAGGAUAAGAGACCGCUACUUGAGUCGCAUUGGGUUAAAUAACACAAGCCGCCUUUCUAGUUCAAGUCCUGGAAAAGAGGGAGAGGUGGCUAUGUGGGCUUCUAAAAACCCAACGGUGUUCUUCUGCAGGGAUGCCUCACUGGAAACAGCAAACACUUUAAGCACCCAAAAGAUGAAGACUGCUGACACCAGCCUGUGACCUCCUUGAAGGAUUUUCAACAAUUUGAAACUGCUUUAUAGAUUUAGUCACAUGUUGUAUUUUGGGAUACACAGAUUAAUGAGACUAAAAAAUUAAUACAUCAGAAGUUAAGUGAACCAGGAGUUUUAAUAGAUUUUUCUUUAUUUUCUGUUGUAAAUAUACUGUAUGUUAGAUAUCAUUACAAAUGCAGAUAUUGUUGAUUGUUGCUCCAGUAAAAGGUCAAGUAUUUAUUUAAUCCCUAACCUUCUUUUGUUUAAGCACUGUACGUUUCAUUUGUGGAUGGUUCACAAAAUACCAUUUGCUGGACCAACUUUCGUCAAUAAGCAAACUCUGUAAAAUAAAAUAUACCUAAUUUAUGACUAUAAUCUGGCAAAUAACAUGACAUAGUCAAUUUUAUUGUCUUGAACUCAUUUACAUUUAUUCCCUAUUCGAUGAACAUCACAUUUGUUUAGCAUAAGAACAUUAUUAACCAAUAUGUUGUCAGCACUGUCAGAAAACGGCCCAUUUUGUGCUAGCUAGUUACAUGCUAGCUUAAGUAUCAGAGCAGCUUGAUAACAGGCGAUACUGAGAUUAUGACAUCAUCAUGCCAGAGGUACCUCUGGAACAACAUAAAAAAAAA